AAAUAUGAAUGAUAUUUAUUCCUUUCCUGUGGAAGAAUAACUGAAAUAUAUCGAAGGUAAAAUGGACAUGUUUUUAGAAUGAGGAUAACCUUAUAAAUGCGAAUUUUUUCAUCCGGGAUAUACUUGCGAAACUCAACUACUUCAUAUGUAAAUCUCUUAAUAAAAUAAGGUUGCCACUCUUAUUUGCUAAAAAUGCUAAAGUCUAUCUUCCUGUCCAUUUGUUGCCUUUCCUUAUUUACAAACGAAAAGCCUUUUUAAAAAAGUAUAAUUUUCAUUAUUAAAAAUAAGUCCAAUUAGUACAACAGCAAGGUCGUUGUUGUCAUAUUUAAAAAGUGUUCUAUUUUUGACUUUAAUGGUUUAAUCAAUGAGAUAUAAUUGGUGUAAAUAAGUUAGAUUUCGUAAUACUGUUGAUCCAUCAAUUCCAUUAAUCGGAGGGUUUAUAGGAGCUUUUUCUUUGCUUUUAGAAUCAAGAACUAGGUAUAUAUUAUUUAAUAAGUUGGAAGAGCUUAAGAAAUUAUGUUAAGUAUAGUACCUCGAUAUUGUGAAACAAUUUUUAACCUAUUAAAAAGGAAAGGAUGGAUAAAAGAGAUACCAAAAGGAGAUGUUUUAGUUUUUGCAAUAAUAUUGGCUAUAAUUCAUUAUUAUUAUUAACAUGAAGUAAAGGAUGGAUGUUUAUAAUAAUUAGCAAAAAGCUUUAAAAACAACAUAUAGAGGAGUGUUUGCAAAAUUUUGGGGAAAGAAUUGAUUGUAUUGGUAAU